CUAUAUUUAAUUUUACAUGAAAUAAUGUAUAUUUUAUUUUCCUCUUCCAUUUGAAACAAAAUUCUUUUCUUUGUAAACAACUUGUUCGACAGACUGUUAAGAAAAGUAAUUACAAAAAGAACUAAAAUGAGGAUUUUGCAUUAUCUAUGAAUUUCUCGCUUACGUUCAGUCUCGUUAACGUUAUUCUCUUCGUUUUCGUAUGCUCAGCUGAUUACGUCUUUGGAUUAUACGUACAUAUUUUAUCUAGAUCAUAAAUGAUUGAUGCAUCUACAGACUCGAGAUUUCCUGGCAUGGUAUCGUUGUAAAGUUUGACGGGUUAAGAAAGGAUAUAGGAGAAGCAAAGAUGGAAGUAUCGUACCGUAAGGAUUUAAGCGUUGAAGGUGCUAAGCUAAGUCGUAAUCGUCUUAUUCCCUGUUAAAUCUCUUUCUCUCUCGCGCACCUUUUCACCAUCUUGAAGAAAGAGAGGAAAACAUUUAACAAAAUAACGAAAAUACCGACAUGAGAAUAUGAGACAAGGACUAUUGUUUCAAGCUUAAGUUUUGGUUUCAUGAUUAUGAGUUUAUCACGUAAGCGGCUUAAAAUUCAUGCAUUAAGAAGUCAUAUUGGCUUUUUCAAGCUCAACACAUCGUCAAACGUAACGAUCAAUUUUCUAACGUCGUUGGAAAGUUCUAUUUUACUUUAUGCGAUACCAACGCGUUGUUAAGAAAAGAAAAGGAAAAAGAAAAAAAAAAUAAUUACGAACGAUCGCAUUUUAUCAGGCUAUAGGUCCAAAUAUUAAAUUGUCCUGAUUAAAAUUAGAUCGUUUCGUCGUCAAAGUUUUAUUUGAAAUUGGUAAUCCGAUUGAACUUGUUAAGGUUCAAUUUGAAUAGAGAAUUUUAGUACGUGUUUCAUUCCGAUGUGUCACGAUGGUUUAUUGACUAACGGAGAAUCGUGAUCUAAUCGUGUGAAAACCUUACCAUUCGUUGAUGAUUACGAAUUCAGAGCACGAUUUGAAACCACAGCCCAUCGAGAAAUACACACAUUCAGGACGAAGAAGUCAAGGAGGAUUUUGAAAUCGCCAAUGGCAGGAUUAACUUUCGACAUAAUACAGAAUUGCAAUGCGGCUUUACACUAUGAUAACAUGAUGUUUACUUAAGCCUACUAUAAAGGAUAAUUUAUCGUGAUCCUUUCAGAGGAAUAUUCGCUUCAGGAUGACAAUUCUGACCUCGUUGAGUGAUAUCGUAAUUAACCUCGAAGGAUAGUCGAGUAAUAAUCAUGAGAUCUUUUAAAAAAAUUCUUUUAUUUUAUUUUUACUUUAUUUUUUUUUUGCCGUAUUACAAAUAUUACAAUUAUAUUUAAUAUGCAUAUAUCAAUUGCGACAUUUUUAUAUUCAAUAUAUUAUAUAGAUAUCAAUAAGAUAAUAACUGAAGUUUCCAUUGAAUAUCCUGUUUAUUACAAAUACGUUGUAUCCGAAAUGUUAGUCUUAAUCGCUUGGAUAAGCGAUCAAUUUUGGUUGAACGCUGAUUCAAAUCCCUUCUGUAUUGGGUAUGCUUGAAUUAAGCAUGCCUUCCACCACCUGCUGAUCGUCACUUGGCACUUACCCAUACAAGAUAGAAUCGUUAUCAUUUAAAGCGAAACGUAUUUUCCUCCGAUUCUGUCAUAAAAUGGGAACAAACUAAUCGAUAUAUCGACGAGAAUGUCUCGUUUCGUUAUGGGUCGGAAGAAUAUAUAGAAGGGAGGAAAAAGAUGAAAUCCCUCUGAAAAAAAAAAAAUAACAAAAACGAACUAACGAAAAAAAGGACCAUAAAAAACGAAGGAAAAAAAAAAAAAACGAAAAGCAACAACCUGGAAUAAAAACGAUGGAGAGUCAUAAGCCGUUUCGAUUACAAUUCGCCCAGUCGGUCGCUUUUUGGAGAUCCGUUAAAGCCUUAAAUCCACAAAAUAUGCCGCGCGAUAGCUACAAACGAGGGAGUCUCGUUAAUAGCGUCGGUCAAAGAUUACACAGGGAUGCUUUUGGCAACAUGAGCUUUCGCCACGAAACAAUCACCCUCUCGGAUAGGUUAGCCCAGAUUCUCUUGCAGGAAGCCACUAUCUCACCGAGGCCGGUACUGCCUCGUUGUGGUGAGAUAAAUUUUACAAAUCGCCCGCGGCACGUUGUUAUAACGUGGCGCAUUUUGCCACGUUAUAUAGAUCCAUGCAUCGUCUAUGAAGCGAUCGUACGUAGCGUGCUUGCUUGGUACAACUAGUAUAUGCCUCUGCUUCUCUCUCUCUCUCUCUCUCUCUCUCUAUUUCUCUCUCUCUAUUUCUCUCUCUCUCUCUCUCUUUCUCUCUCUCUCUCUAUCUCUCGUUCUUCCUUUCAGACAUAUUCUCAAAGUUGUUGAUCUUGAAUAUGUAGUAAAUUUAAAGCUAUCAACCACGUGAAUCCUUCAUAACUCUAGUUAGCAUACGACUUCCGAUUUGACAACCAUCUAAUUAACUUGCGAGUAUUACUUUGCCUUUUCUAAUCAAUUAUUCAUUAUCUUAAUGAUAUGAUCUUACAUUAAAAUUUUAAUUGAAUUUUCUUCUCCGACGAGAUUGUAUAUUGUCUUUGAUCGUCAAUUGUGCGUUUCUACAUGUUGAUAUUCGGAUGUCGCAUGUUAUUUUUUUGGUGAUUAAAAAAAAAAAAGAAAAAAAAAAAAAGAAGAAGAAGAAGAAAAUAGAAAAAAGAAAUCUAAUGUUGAAAUAAUAUCAGCAUUCACGACACCACGAUUAAUACGACAGACAGGUUACCGAAUCAUCAGACAAGAUUCGCUCAGGGCUGGAGGCUUGUUAGUCUAAUUACUUGUAAGUGGAGUUGCGGCCCGGUAACGAAGCAGCCGGCUGCUCCAAAACUUCUCACCGAGUAAACACCAAGCCGUCCGCAACUCUAUUCGCAACUUUUCUUUUUUCCUACUCUUUUGCCUUACGAUCUUCUUCGUAGGACCGGCAAUGUACUCCUAACCCCUAAGCUCAGAACAAGCUCGACUCGUCUUCUUUGCUUGAUAAGUUUUCAUAAAGAGCUAUUUUCUUUUUUUUUUAUCUUCUCUUUUCUUUUUUCUCUUUUUCUGUUUCUUUUUCUGUUUCUUUUUCUUUUUCUUUCUCUUCUUUUUUUCAUUGCAACUACAAGGCUGAAUGAAUAUCCUUAUACAGUCUUGACUAAAUUCUACCCUGGUUCUUCGUAACGUUUCAAAAGAGGACCAACUUCUAUCUCAACUUCUUUCUCCUUUUCCUCCUUUUUCUUUUUUUUUCUUUUUCCUUUUCUAUUUUUCUUUUUCAUUUCUUUCCUUCAUACUUUCAUUUUAAUUAAUUCCGAUUAUUCCAUUUGUGUUUCAUUUCUCGGUAUUAAAAUUGUGUCAACAGUAUUGCAUUAAUAAACUCGAGGAAAAAUUUUCAAAAGAAAAGAAACAUUUUGUUAUAACUUCUUCGAGAAUAUAAGUCUCCGUUAAGUAUUAUAAAUGAAAUAGAAUAUGAAGUGACGGAUGGAGAAAGAUUAUAUAAAUACACUCUAAUGUUUUUCGCAGUCAGUAUAAUAGCUACAUAACGCUUCCAGAGAGCUUCAUUUUGUCUCCUCAUCUCUCUCUCUCUCUCUCUCUCUCUCUCUCUCUCUCUCUCUCUCUUUCUCUUUCUCUUUCUCUUUUCCUUUCGCUCUUUUAGGUUUACCAAGCUACAUCGUAUCUUGUAUAAAAAUCACCGAAGCGUGCUCGUUUGGCUGUCUCCGUACAGUGGGACGUUAAGAAGAAUGAUGCUCGUCGUUACCGCAACUCGUAACGCGAUUACGUUGGAUGCGAGAGAGCGCUAUCGACGGAAAAUCAGCAGUUCGCGGUUACAAAUAUGCCAGGGACAUGCUCGAUGACCGAACCAAUUCAGGAUCGGCAAUAGUUAGUGAUGAGGAACGUCUCGUUGGUGGUGCGUCCAGGUCGAUGACCCAGGUCGUCGGUGACAUGUCGGUGUUUGCUAUAGUUUUGGAUUUAGCUUCGCUUCGAAGAUUACUCAUUGCCAUCUUUAUCCUGUUAUCGUUACCUUGUUAUCGAUGCCUGGAUCUAGGACAAUGCGCCAACGCUCUGGGCAUGGAGAGCGGUGAAAUCCCCAAUGAAGACAUCACGGCCAGCUCCAUGUAUGAUCCUAGUCUUGGGCCGAAGCAUGCGAGAUUACGACAGGACAAAGGAGGUGGUGCGUGGUGUCCAAAGAAUAUGGUAACGAAGGAAGGCAAGGAGUAUCUCGAAGUGAACCUUCAUAGUCCUCGCGUGCUUAUGUCGGUCAGGACUCAAGGUAGAUUCGGAAAUGGUCAUGGCGUUGAGUAUACAGAGGAAUACUUCGUCGAGUAUUGGCGUCCUGGGUUCAACAAGUGGGUGCGAUGGAGAAAUCGACGUGGCACUGAGCUUCUAGCGGGUAACAACAAUCCGUACACAGAGAAAGAACAAAUCUUCGAUCCCGCCAUUGUAGCAACGAAAAUCCGUUUCAUACCUUAUACCUCUCAUAUGCGCAUGGUGUGUAUGCGCGUCGAGCUUUAUGGUUGCCCAUGGAUCGAGGGUCUGGUCUCGUAUUCCAUGCCCCAAGGAAUAAAGAGGGGUUCGGAGGUUGACCUUUCCGAUAGAACAUACGAUGGCAGCGAGGAAGGAGGUUACCUCUCCGGGGGACUUGGUCAACUUGUCGACGGCCAGAAAGGUCCUGACAACUUCAGAUUGGACAUCAGCGGGAACGGGAAAGGAUACGAAUGGGUCGGAUGGAAGAACGACACGCCAAAUAUGUUGGGCAAACCAGUUGAGAUAACGUUUGAGUUCGAUUACUCAAGAAACUUCACUGCCAUACACCUGCACAUGAACAAUUAUUUCACCAAGGACGUACAGGUAUUCUCCUACGCGAAGGUUUAUCUCGGCGUCGGUGGAAACCAGUUUAACGGGGAACCUGUCCAUUUCUCUUACAUACCAGACCUGGUGUUGGAGCAAGCCCGCGAGGUUACUAUAAAGCUUCACUCGCGUGCCGCUCGCUUUCUCAAGCUUCAA